AUGGCAGCCUGCCUGUGCCGGGGCUGCCUGCUCUCACUGCUCCCUGCCAUCCUGCUCAGCCUCCGCAGCCCACCGCCGGCCCUCGAGCCAGUGACAUCCCAAGAUGCUGCGCUGCUGGCAGGGGUGCCCGAGGACAUCCUCUGCUUCUCCCGCUCCUUCGAGGACCUCACCUGCUUCUGGGAUGAGGAGGAGGAGGCGGCGGUGAGCAGGAUGUGCCACUUCUACUACUGGGACGUGCCCACAGCAUGCGCGGUCUCCACAUGGCACCACGGGGCCAGCAGGACGCGGCAUGUCUGCGUUUUUCCCGGCCAGGACGUGCGGCUCUUCACCCAGCUCCACCUCCGCGUCCUGGACGCCACCACCAACCAGACCAAGUACUGGCGGGAGCUCAGCGUGGAUGCGGUGGGUCUCAUCGCACCCCCGGCAAACAUCACAGCCCGCUGGGCCGGGGCUGCAGGGCAGCUCUGCGUGUCGUGGCAGCCACCGCUCGCCGACUACCCGAACUUCUUCCUCUACGAGGUGCGGUGCUGCCCUGCCAGCUCCCCAGAGACGCCCUGCAGCCCUGCAUCGCACCCCAGCAGGCAGCACCCUGGGGACCCCUCUAUCCGGCUGGCCAGCAGCACCCACGCAGCCACAGCUGCGGCAGCCACAGCUUCCCCAGGAACAGAGCAAGGGCUGGUCCAGGCCAACACCUGGGUGGUCCUCCGGGACCUGCGGCCGGGGGUGAGGUACCACAUCCAGGUGCGCAGCAAGCCCGAUGGCACCUCCAUGGACGGCGUCUGGGGGCCCUGGUCACAGGCAGUGGCUGCGGAGACACCCCGCUCCUCCGGAGACAUUGGGCUGUGCUGCAGCACCCCUGACCUGCAGCACGUGCGCUGCGAGUGGAGCUGGGACCCCGCAGAGCCCCACGGCUCCCACCAGCUCUUCUACCGGGCGCCUCCGAGCGGGGCCGGCACAAGGGAAGACACGUGGCAGCGGUGCAAGGAGGCAAGCGUGGGGGUGCAGGGCACCCACGCCUGCACCUUCCAGCCCAGGGCUGACAGCGCCAUCUCUGUCCUGGUGAAUGUCACCUGGCCCCACACGCUGCCCACGCUCAGCUACUUCAAGGAGCCCUUCUGGCUGCACCAGGCUGUGCUCACAGACGCCCCACAGCUCGUGCAGGUGAUGGUGUCACAGGGCCAGCUGAGCCUCCAGUGGCUGCCACCCCUGGAAGCACUUGCAGAGCAGCUGGACUACCAGGUCCGCUAUGCUGUGGAGAACAGCAAUGACUGGAAGGUCCUGCAGGUCCCACGGGCAGCCAGGAAAGAAGUCCUGGACCUACGGCCAGGCGCCCGCUACCAUGCCCAGGUGCGGGCCCAGCCCAGCGGGCCGUGGUACCAGGGCAGCUGGAGCGCCUGGUCCAAACCUGUCGUAGUGGACGCCAUGGCCGAUGCGGGUAAGGGACAGGGCAGGAGUGGAGGCUGAGGCCGAAGGAGCCACAUGGCCAAGGGCAGGAGACGGCUGCAGUCCCAGCGCUCCUCCUGCCACGCAGGCUGGGUCAUCCCGAGUGUUACGGUGGUGCCGCUGCUCUUCACGGGCGUGCUCCUGGGGCUGCGGUGCACCUUCCCCUCCCUCUGCAGCAACGUGAAGCAGAAGCUCUGGCCCCCCGUCCCCGACCUGCACCGCGCACUGGGCAGCUUCCUCCUCGAGAGCAGCAAGCAGGGCCAGGCCAACGCCUUCUACAAGCAGCCGGCCCUGAGGCGCAGCCGGAGGAGGGACCCCGCGGAGGGGGGCUGA